UGUAAACACUUACUACAUGGAUAGGACACGUGUUUUGUCAGAGCUUGAAAGCCAAGGCUACAGUAUUGUCACCGACGUACUAACUCACGAGGAAUGUAACCAGUAUAUAAACCAAUACAAGGAAUGGCUCAGUAGAUUCGGCGAUGAACGGCCUUAUCAGGAGGAAUCGCUAACUCAUCAGUUCAGGGUAGCACAUGCUGACCCUACAUGGAAUGUCAGGCUCAAGUCAAAACCAGUGUUUGAGUCUAUUUGGCAAACAGAGAAUUUGUUGAGUAGUAUGGACGGGGUAGCGAUUGCGGAGCCACCAGAACUAGGACGAUCGUCUUUUUGCAAUCCUGACUUCUUUUGGUUACACACUGAUCAAGGCUCUUGGAGAGAUGGAUUGCAUGCAUAUCAAGGAGCCGUCUAUCUUGAAGAAACAUCAGAAACAGAUUUCUGCUUUAGAGUGUUGGAAAAUUCAGUUCAGUUUCACAAAGAAUUUUAUGAACACUUUCCUUCUGCGAAAAAAAAAUCUGCAGGCGAAGAUUUUUAUAUUCUUUCAAAAGAAGAAAUCGAUUGGUUUAUAUCUAAAGGAUGUGAAAUGAAAAAAGUUCCGGUACCAAAGGGGGGAAUGGUAUUAUGGGAUUCUAGAACAAUACACGAUAAUAUAGCCCCAACGAGAGGUCGGCCAAACUCUGACAGAUGGCGGUUCGUUGUAUUAGUGUGCAUGGUUCCAGCAAUAUGGAGUACACCAAAGGACGUUGAGUUAAAAACAGAAGCUUACAAUGAAAUGGCAGCGACAGCACAUUGGCCGGCACAAGGAGUAUGGCUUUUUCAGAAAACAUCCGAAAGAAAUAAAACAAAUCAGUUUACUCAUCUAGAAAUGAUUCAAGAACAACCAGGUGUCGCCAAAGGCAAAGAUGUUUUAAGGUUAGUUGGUAUGGAAAAGUAUGAUACUGAGGAAAAUAACGAAGUUAUAUCAAAGAGACCAAAAUGGAACAUUUUGUUUGAUUCCGAUGAAUGGAGGAACAGAAGGACACACCAAAAUUAAAAUCAAACAGACCAAGGUGGAAGAAACAUCAAUUUCAAGUCAUUUACUACAAUACAGACUCUUGAUACUUAAGGCAGAUACCUCUUGUAGGUUUCUAACAUUUUGAAUAUAUUGUUGACAUCAGUAACUAUAAUAUCUUUAAAUUAAAGACAUGAACUAUAAUGUUAAA